ACCUAUUUAUUUACAGUUGUUCAAACUGUUUUCACUUGUGCAUUUUGAGAGAAUUGAUUCGCGCCACUGAUGAUUUCGGCGUUCGUGUUCCAUUACUGUUCUUUCCGGAAACGUCCAAUAUGGAACAAGAGGCACUUUGAACCGAAUCGUAUAAAAUCAUCGUUUUUAACAAGAAACGUAGCCUUUCGAGAGCGCGCAAUUCGCGCUCUUUAUUUAAGCGCACAGUUAGACGAAGAACUGUCCGAGAGUAUCAACUCCGAUAUUGUAACACAGGAGACCAGAGCAUACAACUCUUCUCAAUAUACAAUCAGGGCGCCCGAGUGGUUUAUCAAACUUCGUAACGAAAGAAAAAAAGACUAUGAGUUGAAGCCUGGUGAAAUAGCCGUUCGUUUCAUCAAUACACCAACAGGAGAAGACAUAGUUGUAGCAGCAAAACCUAGCGAGAAUCUUAUGGACGUUGCUGAUUCUGUUGGACUUAAGAUCCCAAGAUAUUGUGAAACUGGGGUGUGUGGAACAUGUACUGCAGAGUUGGAAGAUUUAUCUUCAGUGGAUGGAAGAGUGGCGAUUAGACCUUGCUGUACAGACGUUCAUCUUCCGACUGGUUGUGACGAAAUGGUUGUUGAUGUAUUCCACUGCCGGAACUUUUCUUCAGUGGUUGAUUACACGGAGGAAGUUUUACAGAGUGAUCGAAAGUUAACAAGGGAUUGUACUACUUGCUUAGGUCAAGGCAUCGUCUCUUGUUUUCCUUGUGGUGGCAGCGGUUUGUUAUCGGACAGUGAUGCUGAAGAGUUGUGUUGCUAUUGUAUGGGUCGAAAAAUAACUCUGUGUCCAGACUGUCAGGGGAAAGGACUGACCAAAGUUCAGUGGUAGCGCUAUUUUAUACGACAGGAACUGUUCAUAGAUAAAUACAAAUUAUUAUCA